AUGUUGAGCACUGAAGACACUCUACUUGAAGCUGGUUUUCUCUUGGAAACUGGCCUUUGGAGGCAGGCAGAUCUCUUUCUGGACUUGAGCGACCCCUUCAGCACUGAGGUGAAGCUCAGAAUCCUGCUCAUGGGUCUCAGAAGGAGCGGCAAGUCGUCCAUACAGAAAGUUGUUUUUCGCAAGAUGUCCCCGAGUGAGACCCUGUUCCUGGAAAGCACCAACAAGAUCUGCCGGGAAGACGUCUCCAACAGCUCCUUCGUCAACUUUCAGAUUUGGGACUUCCCAGGGCAGAUUGACUUUUUUGACCCAACAUUUGACUACGAGAUGAUCUUCCGGGGAACAGGAGCGCUGAUCUUCGUCAUCGACUCCCAGGAUGACUAUAUGGAAGCAUUGGCCAGGUUCCACCUCACAGUGACCAGAGCCUAUAAAGUGAACACGGACAUUAACUUCGAGGUGUUCAUUCAUAAAGUGGACGGUCUGUCGGAUGAUCACAAAAUUGAAACCCAAAGAGACAUUCACCAGAGGGCCAACGAUGACCUUGCAGAUGCGGGCUUAGAAAAAAUUCAUCUGAGCUUUUAUCUGACAAGCUUUUAUGACCAUUCAAUAUUUGAAGCCUUCAGUAAAGUGGUUCAGAAACUGAUCCCACAGCUCCCGACGCUGGAGAAUCUGCUGAAUAUCUUUAUCUCGAAUUCCGGAAUUGAAAAGGCAUUUCUGUUUGAUGUGGUCAGUAAGAUUUAUAUUGCAACUGACAGCACUCCAGUGGACAUGCAGACUUACGAGCUCUGCUGCGAUAUGAUUAAUGUGGUGAUCGACAUCUCUUGUAUUUAUGGUCUCAAAGAUGGAGCGGGAGCCCCGUAUGACAAGGAGUCCACAGCCAUUAUAAAGCUGAAUAACACAACGGUUCUUUAUUUAAAAGAGGUCACAAAGUUCUUGGCGCCCGUAUGCUUUGUCAGAGAGGAAAGCUUUGAAAGAAAAGGCCUUAUUGACUAUAAUUUUCACUGCUUCCGGAAGGCCAUUCAUGAGGUGUUCAAGGUGAGAAUGAAAAUGGUGAAAUCUCGAAAAGCCCAGAGUCGCUUACGGAAGAAGAAAGGAGCUACUCCUAACGGAACCCCUCGCAUGCUGCUGUAG